AUCACACAGACAUAGCAUUUGCGUCACUCAUAAACACACGCGUAAUCACGCUCGGGAUGGUAUGCUUAUCGUCGUUGAUAUUGUUAGGAAUUCUCGGAAAUUCGCUACUCUCUCGUGCCCUAGCAGGUAAAGAGACACAUAUUUGCGUCCGCGCCUCUACGCUAGCGGAAACCGACCUCGCUUCCACUCCUCCCUCCCCCAUUUUCUCCUUCUCACGUUUCCGUGUCCAUCGUCCACCUCCCGGCGCGCAGGAUAGCGCCGGAGCUAGUCCGAGAGCGGGUGCCGCGCUCGGGUAUGCUGCCUUCGACGAGGGCGAGAGAGGGAGAGGGCCGAAGGGGUUGGGGAAGGGAAGGGGCCGCUUCUGCUGGUAUUUGUGCGUAUAUAUAUGUAUGCGUGUUCACUCGCGCGCUCGCAUCGCCGAGCACGGCGGGAUCGGUUCGAAGCUCGAGACGUGCACUCGCUGCGAGUAUGUAACUCGGUGAUCGACAGAUCGAUACAAAGUUUUUUGUGGUUUGUUUUUCUUUUUUUUCUCUCUUUGGAUCCCUCCGGCGUCCCUGCCGUUAAUUCAUCCAUCCAUCCGAAACCGCCACCGACUUAGGCCUAUUUUCUAUCCCAAAAACUCCAGGUCAUGCAACAGAAUAGAGGAUAGUAGAGAGCGUGCGAGCAUGUGUGUGUGUGUUAGGGGGGGGGGAGCGGGUAUGUAUGGGUAUAUGUGUAUGCGUAAUGUGCGUAGGAAAUGCCAUCGACCUCCUGAGAGUCUGUCAGCAGCAGCGGCAGCACAAGCCCUUCUAUCGGCCCUGCAGCUUGCGCAGCCAGUUCGUCAUGCUCCUCCACUUCGACCUGCGCUCCUCCUGCUCGGCCGCUGCCGCCGCCGGCGUCGUGCCGCCCGCCGCGGGCUCGCGCGAGCCGCUCGGGGC